CCGCGCUGUGGCAGCCCCUCGGCUCGCUCCGUCUGCCUACCCUUUCUAAACUUCGUUUGCUCUUACCUCUCCAGAUCCUGUCUGGGUCCUAGAGAGGAAGGGAUGUGUCGCGGGGAGUCAGGGCCGGAUGCCGCCGUAGCGGUGGCCCGGGCGGAUUGGGGCGGCCUCAACCUAACAGGGGCGUGGCUUAGGGGGCGUGGCCUCGGCGGGGCGGCCGCCUUUGGAGCUGCAAAGUUUGGCUGUGGCGGCAAAUGGGUUUGGGCGGCUCCUCGGCGGGUGGCGGUGGUGGCCUUAGCGGUUCCUCCUGGCCCUGUUAAUGUCAGGGCCAAGCCCGGGGAGGAUGGCGCCCUAGAGCCCGGCCUUGCUGGGGUAGGGGCGGGAGGGGGCCGGGGCGGGGACCGGCCAUGUCGGAGGUGACCCGGAGUCUGCUGCAGCGCUGGGGCGCCAGUCUUAGGAGAGGCGCCGACUUCGACUCUUGGGGCCAGCUGGUGGAGGCGAUAGACGAGUAUCAGAUAUUAGCAAGACACCUACAGAAGGAGGCCCAAGCUCAGCACAACAAUUCUGAGUUCACAGAAGAGCAGAAGAAAACCAUAGGCAAAAUCGCCACAUGUUUAGAAUUGCGAAGCGCAGCAUUGCAGUCCACACAGUCCCAAGAGGAAUUUAAACUGGAAGACCUGAAGAAGCUAGAACCAAUCCUGAAGAAUAUUCUUACAUACAAUAAAGAAUUCCCAUUUGAUGUUCAGCCUAUCCCAUUAAGACGGAUUUUAGCACCUGGUGAAGAAGAGAAUUUGGAAUUUGAAGAAGAUGAAGAAGGUGGUGCUGGGGCAGGACCUCCUGAUUCUUUCUCUGCUAGAGUUCCUGGCACUUUAUUGCCCCGGUUGCCGUCCGAACCAGGGAUGACGUUACUCACUAUCAGAAUUGAGAGAAUCGGACUGAAAGAUGCAGGGCAGUGCAUCGAUCCCUACAUUACAGUCAGCGUGAAGGAUUUGAAUGGCAUAGAUUUAACUCCUGUACAAGAUACUCCUGUGGCUUCAAGGAAAGAAGAUACAUAUGUUCAUUUUAAUGUGGACAUUGAGCUCCAGAAACAUGUUGAAAAAUUAACCAAAGGUGCGGCCAUCUUCUUUGAAUUCAAACAUUAUAAGCCUAAAAAGAGGUUUACCAGCACCAAGUGUUUUGCCUUCAUGGAGAUGGAUGAAAUUAAACCUGGGCCAAUUGUAAUAGAAUUAUACAAGAAACCCACUGACUUUAAAAGAAAAAAAUUACAAUUAUUGACCAAGAAACCACUUUAUCUUCAUCUACAUCAGACUUUGCACAAGGAAUGAAUGAUCCUGAUACAAAUAACCGGAACUUGUGUGAAUUUUACCACUCAGAAACUGUCACAGCUCUGUGUAGCAUAUCACUCUUCAACAGGCAGGAAAUGAGCCCUACCCAUGCCAUUUGGCCAGCAAGUCCAUUACAGAGCCGGACCCCAGAACUCAAGCGCUCAGCACAUCACUGACCUAUCAUCACUCCUUUGGGUACAGGUUUAGUGUAGAUCUUGGAACAUUUUUACUUUUAUUCAUUGUGCAAUUAAUUGUCUAUUUCUCAUUGCCACUGCUCCUGCCCUGCUUCCCGGACAGCACUGUUGUGGUAGGUGUGCUGAAUUUCAGACAGUGCAGCAAUAAGAAUGUGCUAGAGUUUCCAUUUCUGCUCACUUUGCUCCAAUGUGCUCUUCUGGCUGGAAUGUCACUCUCUGGGUUGAGGCGGGCAGAAUCGCUCUGUGAGGGACUGGACUCGUUACAGUGCCUAGGAAAGUAUCCGGGAGCGUAUAGGUACUCAUUAGACGUGGCCUAGCUGAUGCCAUAGAUCUCCUGCAUGGAAAGUGUGCCCUGACCAGAUGAGAAACCCACAUGGAAUGUUCCUCGGAUGACCAGAUUGUUUCCCUGAAGUGAGCACGUAGUCAGGUGGAUUAUCUGCUCUUCUCUGUCAUAUUCUUCCUGGUAGAGUCUAGGGUUAACGUUGGAACCGUCUCGGAAUAACUCCAGGUUUUUAAAUGUGUUUACAAUAUCCCUGAAAUGACAUCAUUAAGAAGAGUUGAGUCAGAUGUUAAGAUACUGCAGAUAACUGCUGCUUUCCUGACAACCAUUGUGAGACCUUAAGACCGCAUACCUCUCCUUAGUAUGCAAAAUCUGGAAAGAUAGUUUAUUGUUUUUAAUAUAGGUAGAUAGAAUCGCCAUUUAUUUCCUAUUUAGAUAUACAGUCCUUCAUUCCUUUUGAAAAUAUGCAGGUCAUUAGUUUAUUUUAAAUUGACUACUUACUUUUGAUGUAACGAGGCAUAAAUAAGACUUUCAUAGCACAUGAUGAAUAGUUGUUACACAGAACAUUAAGAUUUGUGAGGGGCUUUCUGUGGGUUGCACAUAGAACCCACAUAUUUUAAUAUUCACUUUUUAAUGAACAGUGCAUGAGGGACUGCACUGUCAGUCCUGGGCCUGUUUUUAAACAGUAUAACCUCAUCACACCAUUCAAUGUAUUUGCUCUUUCAAGUAAUCUCAAUGAAGAUGUUUUAAGCUUCCCCUUCAAGAGAUCUAGUCUUGACUUUCAGCACCCACUAGGUCACUGUUUACUAGAUGGAUGUUAAUAAAAAAUGGUAUUCAGCCUAAAAAAUCCGCAACCAAAUUAAUCUUGAUUGGAUUAAUUCCAAAUGCUGAAAUAAUUCCAUCUACAGUAGCUCUAGGAGAUGAAGAAUAUGCCUUAAAUUAACUCAUUGUCUGACUCUUAAGCUUUGGGUUGUGGAUCCCAAGACUGUAAGCUCCUCAAGGAGCAAGAGCCACAUCUCUGGUUCAUGUAAAGGUUCUAAGGUGCUUAGCAGUACUCUGAACCUGGGGAGUACUCAGUACCCUGGGCAGUACUCUGGACCUGGGGGGUAUUCAGUACCUGGGGAGUACUCUGUACCCUGGGCAGUGCUCUGUACCCAGUGGGUACCCAGUACUUGGGGAAUACUCAGUACCCUGGGGAGUACCCAAUACCUUCUGUCUGAUGUUGCUGACUAGGCCUAAAAAAUAAUCCCUUAAAACCUACCAUUAUUAAAAUGUAGCAAAGACUAUA